AAACAACAUGGCGACAGCUGGGAUAUUUUUGGAGUUACGAAAAUAUUCGCGUAUUUUUCGGUGUUCCCCACAUUUAGCAGCAUCAGACGAAUAUGAAAAUCAGCUUCAUGACAUUUAAGAGCCUUGGCCAAAGGCGUUUACCUGGAGCUUUCGGUUUGGAAGGCUCUAGAGCUCGUGUAAAUAGCCGACUGAAAUUGGAACAGUUUGAGCGUUCUGUACUGAAAGGUGGCGCUGUGAGAAGACGGUAUUUGUUAAUUUACAAGUUUUCAAGACAUUCACUUAGUUGUUCGAGGAAAAAAUUGUCGUUAUUGUAUUAUUUUCAUCAUGCCAAAGAAAGAAGAAAGCUUAAAGUGGGCCUGUAAAUAUUGCACAUACUUUAACUGGCCGUGUUCCGUAAAAUGUACUUUGUGCUCCGCUCCGAGACCUCCGCAAGUUAUCACGCAAGACGCGAGUAGACAGACAAGUAUUAGCGACGAUAUAUACGAGACAGCCAGCAGUGACAGAAUUAUUUCGACAGAUCCUCUUAUUUGUACUUCAAGCGACAGAAACUCGCAGUCUUCACGAUUUGCUGAACAAACUGAAGAAAAAUGGACGUGUUCGUCUUGUACGUACGAAAACUGGCCUCGCUCACUUCACUGUUCGAUGUGCCGGGCGCCGAAGAAUAAAUCAGUAAAGAAUGGAAGACAAAAUAUAGAGCAAGGGAUUGGAAAUAAGGACGCCACUUCAAGAAGUGUUUCUCCAAAAUCGCCAAGGUCUGUCGGUAGCAACGGGAGGCUCGAUUCCAAAACAAUAAACAAUGACAAGAACAGAGCGCUGUUGAAGAAUCAUAAGUGGACUUGCCCUCAGUGUACGUACGAAAAUUGGCCUAAAACUCAAAAAUGUGCUCUUUGCAAGUGUUUAAAGCCCGCUAAAAUAAAACAUGAAGAAUUCAGCAAAAAUACACCAUCAGACAACAACUGCCACUCCAAGAGGCCAUCUACUUCAAAAAGAAGAUCUCCCCCUUCUUCGGUUAGUGAGGCCACAUUAGAAAUCCAACCAACCAACCAGAAGACUGGGGAAAAGAUAAUUUAUGACAUUCCAGCCUCGGAUGAUGUCAAUGACAAUGAAGAAAUGUUGCAAAUUCGCAAUCGCCUUCAAGAUUCUGAUUGGUUGUGGCUAACAGCUUGUAUAGGUGUCGUUGAAGGUGAUACCUCAUCCGUAGAGACUUAUUUAAGUUCAGGGGGUGAUUUGUCCAGGCAGUUGACAAGAGAAGACUGUUUGGUGUUGAACCGACCAGGAGUAUUUGAAGUGGGACAUACGCUUGUUCACUUGGCUUUUAAAUUUAAAAGAGAUGAGUUGAUUACUGUGUUACUGACUCCAGAAGUGAAGGGACACCAUUUAAGACGGGUGCCCUGCAUCGCAUGCCCUGAGCUAGCAGGAGACAUUAGAAAGCAAAUAAGACAUACCAUGAGGCAACGCAAAGGAGACUGGCGCUGUUUCUUUUUCACAGACCAGGUCACUUUUGCUUUAGCAGCAGGUAAGAAUAAAGUUGUCACAAUAAGAGAAUAAUAUUAUUAUAAUUGCUUUCCUAUUAUGCUUGCUGAAACAUUUUGCAAGUAGUAGGAACAGUAUGAGUAUAUAAAAAUGGUAAUUGCUUUAUUUACACGUUAAAAAAAUCAACUUUGUGGGUCUAUCAAAUAUCCAUGCAUCCCAUGUAAGGGAGAAUUGGGUGUAGGGGUUGAAACAUAUUGGGGAACAAUAAUCGGACAAUUCUGGAACCAGGUAAUUACCAUUAAAUGGCCUAUCCAAUAUAGCAGACAAAUUUGGUUUGUCUUUGAAACAUCUAAGCCAAAAAAAUUUAUCUGCAUUGGAAACUGUUUACUCUUAACAGGCUGUUGCAUCUGUCAUUGAUUAGUGGAAAGAAUUAUGGAUUUACAACAAAUGAUUGGCAAGAAAAACACUUUUUCAUUUAUUUACUCGAUUUUGUCCAGUUUUUAUCUGGGACAAGUUUUGCAGAUUGUCCCGUCUGGGACAAAAUAUGUAAAAUCGUGAGAAACCAUCCACAUUUGUUAAGCAUUGGGGAUGACAGUAGAGUCACUUAAAUAAACAACUUUUACACUGGUGCAGGUGGACCCAGACUCAGGAAACCAUAAACAUCUAAAAUAUUUCACGAAUGUAUAUUGUGCUGUGACCAGUCAUAACAAAGGAAGCCUCAAAACCACAAUCUAAUUAUCAUUGUUGCUUAUGGUUUAAGUUUCUCAUGCCUGAUUGUAUUUUUCCCAGCAACACAAUCACAUAAUCCAGAAAUAUUUCUGGCCCCAGUUCCUGAAAGGCCGAUUAAUGCUAAUCCAGGAUUUAAAAUUUUGUUACAUUUUUGUAUUUACCUUCCUACGCAUCACUUAGAGUAAUAUUCUAUGUUAUCAUCAUUGAAUCUUGGAGUAAAGGCAAGAAUGUACUUUGUAGGCUCUAGUGGACAUAUUCUUAGACAAGAAAACCUUGCUUAAAAUUUGGCUUAAUCCUGGGUUAAACUUAACCAUCUUUCGAGGAACCAGGCCCUGGUGUUUAUGGUUUCUGAGUUUCACAGUAAUUUAACAGUAAAUAGACUAGUGCAUUCUUGAAUCUUUUCUAGGGCACAUUUGUUUGACCAUACACUGGAAUAAGAAAACAUGCAAUCAACUCUAGAAAUCACCUGUUUUGGUUCUUUUUCGCAGUAAAAUCCAGUAAAAAUCUGGUGGACAUUGGUAUUUAACCCUUUGACUCCUGAGUGCACUUUAAUGCGCACUUCCAAAUAAGGUGUACAUUUUGCCCCAAAAAAGGCUCCGAAAGGCUCCAUAUUUUGUCAGAUGACUUUCUAUGUUGCUUAUAUGAAUUUGUUUAUUGUAUGAUUCCAUUUCAAUCGGUCGUUCGCCAUUUUGGACUAACUUUUUGGCAAUAUUUCCUCGCUGUGCUAAUGAUAACCUUUAAAAAUGGCAUCAGACACAAAUGGAGUUGAUCGAACUAUAUUCGCAGCAUCGGAUUUUAGCCGUGAUUCAGGUUAGGUGAAGAUUAGUCCAAUUAAAUGGACGAAGACACUGGCAACAAUUCAGAGCUUGAGCAUGCAGAUACAUGGUGUGGUGGUCAAGAGAAUAUCAAAGAAAGAGAGCAAGCGGGCGCUUCGGUGGUCACAAGAUGUACAGUGUCAACUGUAAGAGACUGCUAAAGGCAAACAGCUCUCCAAACAAACGUUAAGUUAAUACACAUAUAUAUUUUGAAACCCUGAUAUGUCUACUUUCUAAAUAUGCCGGAUUAUAGGCACCUUUACCUCAAAGGGAACAUUUGAGAUGUUAUUUAGUGUAUGUAUGUCAUAACUGAAGCAAUAUGACAGAAAAACUCAGGAGUCAAAGGGUUAAGAUGAAUGUAGCAUGGAUGGUCCCAAAAAUUGGGCACAAAUUUUAGCGUAUUCUUACUCAAGAAUAUGAUCAAACAAAUGCUCUCUAAAGUGUGCACUUGAUGCAUUGUGUUUACUGACUCCACCCUCUGUAUGCUCCCUUUAUUUAUUGUUAUACAGCUUGUGUUCUCUCUUUACAGUCUAUGUAGAUUUGAUUAUCUAUUAAUUUAUUAAAAUGUACUUAAAUGUUUUUUGACAAAACUAAGAAAUCCAAGACUUCCCAUCAAGAGUACAAAGACAAGUGUUUGACGACAUUCUUGACAGAGAUGUCCAGAGAGGUAAGAAUGGUUGAGAUAUAUUGAUGAGAGAAAUUAUUUUUUGACUGAAUCCAAGAAUAAGCAAGAUAAAGUGCAUUAUUUCCGUGUUUUGAUUUUCUACUUAAGCGGGAAAGAUAGGCCCAUUUUGCGUGCUUGGGAUUUCCCACAUUGCUCCUGCAAGAAAAAAAAAUUCUCCUUUUGGCCAUGUAUUAAAUCCUUUAUUGACCAAGCUUGUUCAGAACAGAUUUAAGGUCCACAAGUGGAUUAUAUUGCAUGGGUAGUGAAAAAUCUGGAAAGUCAUGAAAUUUAAGAAUUUCACUUUUAUGGAAUUUAAUUGUUUGUCUUUGAGAGCCAUGGAAAAUUAAAGUCAUGUUUGGUAAAUUAGUUAUUGCAGAUGUCAAAGCAAGACCAGUGUAAGAUAGAAACCAGUAAAUAUAAAAGCAUGAACUGCAUGCAUUUUAGUGGACACCAGAAUUUGCAUCUGUUGCACUAAGUGUCAAAAAAUACACUAAAAUAAGGAAUGUUUUGAAAAGUGAAGGCUUGACAUAGGAUCAUGGAAAACUUGAGAAGUUCGUGGAGAAAGUCAUAGCAUUUAAGAGCUCAAAAGAGUACAGACCUUGUAGAAUUAGAUGUAAGUCACUAACUGUAUGCCUUUUUUUCUCAGUUUUAGAAAUUGAGUCUCCAGUUAUAAACUGGAGUGAAGAAAUUACAGAACAGUUAGGAAGUAGGAUUUAUCCCCUUUGGAAUCGAUCAGCUGGUGAUUGUCUUUUAGACUCAAUUCUUCAGGCCUCAUAUGGUGUGUUUGACAGGGAUAACACAUUGAGACGGGCUCUAUAUGACAGCUUAACUGAAGGAGGUUCAAGGUAAAACUGUGUGCCGUCAAUCAACUAGCUAUUAAAAUGGACUUUAAGUUCUUCUCAUAAUAUUUUUUAUGGAACUUAUUAAGGUGGACCUUUGUUAUUCAUAGAAUGAUUCCAGUGCAAUUAAUUAAUUCAACUUUCAAACUUUCCUAUUAUAGGAGGAUCUGGUGAAUGAUAUUAAAAGAUUAAAAUGCUUAUACAUUCACUUUGAUUUUAAACUUUGAACACAGCAGAGCUUUUAUUUAGUAAACAUGUUCUUUAGGGCUUGAAGUCACUGCUUAAAUGCAGUGACCCAGAAGAAUGUGAUAUUUUAGGUUAUGAUGCAAGCAUAAUAUGUCAGUGAAUUACAGAUAUUGAUGCGCCAGUGAUGGCACACUCUGUUGCUCUGACAGUAUUAUGCAAAGUGACAUUUAACUGUCACAGCAAUGUUACAAAUUGAAUGUAUUUUAGUGUAAGUUAAUUUUAUCUUUAGAAUUUGUUUCCAACUGUUAGCAUUCCAUAAAAAUAUGACGAAAAAACAAUGAAAAUCAAUUCCAUCUGAGAAUAAGUUGACAAUUCUGUAGUGUUUGUUUGUUUUACAUACAUACAUACAUACUUUAUUGUUAAAGGGGCUUUUCAGGAACAAUGAUGACAUUACAUUGUUUAUAAUAACUAAUUACAACACUUAAUCUCAUACCAAUUACAAUGUUAGCUAAUUACUAAUUACAAUGUUUUAAACUUAACUAAGAAGUAUUUACAAAAUUAUCUAAAAGCUGGCUCCUUAAGGAACGUUUAAAAAUUUUAACAGAUGGGCUUAACUUAAGAAAAGGUUCCAAAUUGUUCCAAAGUUUAACAGUUCUGUAAUAAUAAAACUGUACAAUAUGGACUGCUGUGACCAGGCACAUACAGUGAUUUGGUUUCACUGCAUCUCAUGUUGUUAAAGUAACAUCUCAUUCUUGUGAUCUUCUCAGGUUUUUCAACCGGUACAAAGAAUGGGAAUCCAUGGAAGCAGAAACACUUCAAUAUUCUCUUGAUGAAGAUCAGUGGGAACAAGAUUGGGCUUCCAUUCUCAGCCUGGCCGGUCAGCCAGGGACGUCGCUAGAACAGACACAUGUGUUUGCCCUGGCACACAUUCUUCGCAGGCCUAUCAUCAUAUAUGGUGUCAAGUAUGUCAAGAGUUUCAGGGGAGAAGUCCUUGGUCUUGCAAGAUUCCAAGGUAAAGGAUGUGUAAGACAUGUAUUAGCUGUCAGUGUUAUCCUUUAUUCAAAGUUUUUUUUUCCCUUUGUUUUGGGGUAUGGUAAUGUAUAAUUAGUAAGAGUUUUUGAGGAAAACAAAGUUUGAACCAACAGUAAGAACCACAACAUAUACAUAUAUGGCAAGAAUUUAAAUUGAUUUAAUUCUUGUGCCAAUGCUGUUGUUGCAAAUUAGACCACACUACAAUUUAUCACGGGCAAAAGUCUUAAGACACUUUUGCAUUUCUGGGGCGUUUCCCAAUAAUUCACACACGUCCAACCCCUCCCCUCAUCCCACAAACAAUGUUGGAUGCGUGUAUCCAGAAUUUUUUCCAAGUUUCAAUUUUGUAUAGGGUGAGGGGAGGGAGAACUGCAAGAAAAUUUUGAAAAGGAUCUACUGUUUUAUAAGGGAAUCCAGAAAUUACGUAAAAUUAUUAAUACUGCAUUACUGUCCCAGAGACUCAAUGAUUGUAGCCGUAUUAAAAUGCAUAAUUUGUAUAGCCGUCUAGUAAGUAUUUGUGAGCCACAAUGUAAACUAGUGGUUUUACCAGUAAUUUGUGUUAACUCGUGAAUGUUUAAUUUUAUUUUUUAGUCAUUUAUUCAUUGAAGUCUGUCUUUAUAAUUAUGCUUUAAUGGUAUUUAAAGAAAUUUCCCAAUCAUUACAAUACACUGCAAAGUUACUUUUUUUUAUUCACUUUGACUUGCCUGCCAUGUACAUGAUAUGAGUUUAACUUUCCAGUAUCCUUGUUAAAAGCUGGCUAUGUAAGAGGGUUGCACCUGUGAAAGUCAUCAGUUCUUUUCUUCCACUUACCCAAACCACUUUUUGUUUCAGGAGUAUAUCUUCCUGUUUUGUGGGAGCAGAGUUUCUGCUGGAAGAAUCCAUUAGUUUUGGGCUACACAAGAGGACAUUUUUCUGCUUUAGUUGCUAUGGAAACUGACAAUUCUAAUGAGCUAGGUGCAGGAGCCAAUGUAGACAGUGUGGACAAUUUUCAUGUGACAUACUUGCCACUGGUUGACUAUGAAGGCAAACUGCUGCCUAUUCAUUUUCUGUCAGCAGAAGAGGUGAGGAAGUUUUUCACAAGGCUCUAUUGCACAAAAUCCAACAAAUCCAACAACCUAUAAAUCCAACCACCCAUCCUAUAACCCUUUUUUUGUAACUGCUUUUAGCAGAAUAUAUUUCACUUGGUAAAUCAUUCUCCACCAGUUUAAAUAUAUGGAAUUUUAUACAUUCACUAUUACAAAUAAGAGCUUUAAGAACAACAACAUGAAUAAUAACAACAAAGCACAAUACAGCACACUUUUGCACUGGCGGUUAAGUGAGAGGUUGUGCAACUUGGAAAUGGCCUGUCCAUGCAAAACAUUAGGGAGUUUAAAAUGUCACAAAUGCAACAACAACAGGAAUUUCAAAAAAGCAAUGUGUCAAAUUAGCAAAACAAUGACAAUGUAAGUGCAUCACACAUUUUGGUACAUUUCUUUACCGCCACUGCAUGACUGCAGAAUGUAAUUGCCCAAAUUCAAAUCAUGAAGAACUGUUUGUAUCAAUUAAAGAAAUGCAACACUAGUGACCUUGACUUGCUUGUAGGAAAACACAUGGGUUAAAAAAGGCAAAAAAUUUCUGGCUGAGGGCAGGUAGGAAAAAAGAGAACCAAAACUUGAAAACAUUGAGUGGACACUUUCAGGGCAACAGCAUGAUCUCUGGAAAAAGAUAAAAAACACUCAUCUGUUGUUCAAAAGCAUUUUUGCGCAUAAGCAAGUUUACCUUCAUAUUUCUAGAGAAUGUCUACACUAUUCUGUCUAACCUGAAACUCAUAAGGGGUUGAUUUUAACCCCUUAAGAGUUUCUGAUUCAACCUAAAACCAUGGGUCUUUAGUUACUGGUUGUUUAAAUACAACACGUUUCAAUACAAGUUGAUUCAGUCGAGUUGUAAAUAGUUUCACAAACUUGGCUUAAAGAACAAAGAAUAAUCACCCAAAAUGUAUUCCUUGUUCACACACACCAUCUUAAAGUGAUCAGAAUUUUUGUUGUACAGUUUUGAAGCUUGAGUUGUAUCAAAAUGACUUUGUACUGAAACAACCGGUUUCUGUGUCCUUACAUCUUCUCUUGGCAGUCAGAACCAGCUGAAGGAAUUUUAAGGGUUAUGGGUUCAAACCCUUUUCAAGUGUGGACGUUUGUAGGCUUUCUUUUCGCAACUGUUUAAUUUGCAUUCAUACUGCUGCAGUGAUAUUUUCACACUGUAGAAAAAUUAUUCCUAUUAUGAUUUUUAAACUUGACUUGUUUUGCUGUUUACUUUUCAGAGAGGCAAUGAAGAGCGCCUACUGCAUGAGUGGCUAGACUGUUGUGUAACAGAGGGUGGGGUCCUUGUAGCGCAGCAGAAAGUGACUUCCAGACCAGCAUUACUCAAUCAACUGAUUGAUGAUUGGUUGGAUCGCUACAGGAAGCUAAGCAAAGCAAAGUGAAGUCCAAUUGGUUAGGCAGAAUGCAUUUGCUGUUCCUAGAGUUUAAAGAAUUUAAAAUAUAACAUACUAGCAUAUGCAACUUAUUUAUUAUGUACUGGGCUGCAAAUACCCAUCUGGUAACUUUUGUUGUAGAAGGGACUUACAUGUAUGUCCAAUGAGGUAACCACUUGAGUCAGACGAACAAGCAAAGGUUUUUUGGCGUGCUUUAUGUUGACUUUUUAUCUUGUAAGUAUAGUACUACAUAUACGUAAAUCUUUUGCCUCAAAAUAAUGGUCUUUUGUAUUUGAUCUGAACAGUCAUUAUGUCCAACUCUAUGUAGGAUUUUGUCAAAUAGUGGGCCAGUUUUAGUAGGACAGUGUCUGAUGAGCGAUUAUCAUUUGCGGCUCUGGAUGUAUUUACUCCUGUAAACAGACAAAUGCAGACAGGGGAGAAGAUUCCAACCUUCUCUCUGGUCCUGGUUGUUCAAACAUGGAUAGCGCUAUCCACCAACUAAAUCUCUAUCAAGUAAUCAAGUAUUAAGGAAUCCAAUUACACUAUUCAUUGGAUAGAAAACAAUAGGCUAGAUGUAUAAAUUUAAAGUUAACAAAACUAACAGAUGUGCGUGCACACAUCUAUAGAGAAAGCAUCAGAUUGAUGUGUCGACCUGUUGAUUAAGGUCCCAUAACUGGAUAGAGAUUAAUCCAGUGGAUAGCAUUUUCCACCAUUGGAACAACUGGCCCUGCACAGUUACAUCAUACAAAAUGACCUUUUGGCUCUUCAAAUCAGCUUGUAAAAUGUUCUGCUCACUGUUCAUGAGAAGUUGUUUUACUGUCAAGACCCUUUUUUACUUGCUGAACAUUUCCUAUAUUCUCAUUAACCUUUAUGCCUGAGAGAAAUGAGAAGCUGGUCACUCUUUGCAGCGCUGUCAUUAAAAUUUCAUGUUGCCGGGCUAAUGAUACAAGUAGGCGGGGAAUUCAACAGCUAGGGGUUUUGUUUGGUUCUAUUUUUCUUCUAUUUUCCUACAAAAGUAGGCAGGGGUCACAUUCACCAUAGCCAGGGAAAAUCCGUAGCCACCGGACCUUAAUGACAGCCCUGCUCUGUGGGGUUAAAGGGUGAAAUUUACUCUGUAGAAUUGCAGCUGCUCCAUAAGACAGUGGUGACAUUCUGGGUUUUGUUCACUCAGAUACUCAUAUAUUUAGGACCACACUAAAAACUGCAGAGCUUAUUCCGUAACCAAAUGACCCAUUAUGGUGAGCUCUAAAUAGUUGACUUACUGAGGGUCUAGAACAAUAUUGUUGCCAAAUCAUUGUCUAGUCUGUUGGUUUUCUUUUUUGGCUGAUCUUUUAUUUUGUCUUUAGUGUGCAUCAUUAAACUGAAAACAGUCUUGAUCAUCAUCAUAAUUUUGAGGCAUGAAAAUAGAAGCUGUGUAGUAUGGAUGGAGUUUUUUCCAAUUCGUUGUGAAUUUCUUUAUUUCUGCAGGAUAUUAUAUUUUACAUAGAGGUAUUGCUAUUUUCUUGUAUGAAAAGGAGUCAACACUUUUGUUACUAACGACAGUUACCAGGGCUCAAAAUUAACACUAGCAAACUCACAAAAUAGGAGUGGACUUGGAUGUUGCAAAUCAUAAGAAUAUCCUCUAACAAACGUUUGCAAGUAAGCAUUUCUUCUGUAGAAAUUUGAGAAGGAAAGGUAAUGUUUGUUAAAGAACUUUGUGGUAAAAAGCUAUGCGUACACUGAAUUUUAUGACUGUUAUGAGAGAAAGAAAGUGGUUUCCUGUCGUCCACUGUUCACUGCUAUAUGUGGAAGUUAUGAUCCCAGCUGCACAUUUGCACUUUACUGAGUAAGCACAGGCACUGUUUUCAGGUUUUGUGAGCCAUUAUGUUAGCAUUUUGUUUGACGAUGUAUUAAAAACCGCCUUAUACGAAAAAAAACCCUUGACCUAAAACACAACAAAAAUAGUCAGUGAAUUUAAUUCUUUUAAUAGCGCAUGAAAUCUUUCUUUCAAAACUUAAGUUUGAGCCCUUGUUACCAUUCCAGCUUAUAAACACUCUGUAAUAAUUGUAAAGCUGAAAUUACUCUCAAAGGGACUUCUCCUCAUCCAUUCUGAAGAGAGUUCAAAAUUGCUGCUGCUGUUGCUGUUUUCUUUUUUUUUUUGUAAAUCAAAGAAACCUAAAACGUUGAUCUGGUUCAUUGGUUUGAAGGAAUUUUUAAAAACUAUCUUAUCUUAUAGAACUGAUACUGUUAACUAUAAAGUCCAUUAGUUUAAAAUGCCAGAGUGAAAGUGGAUUUCAGGUUGCGUUAAAGUUUUCCAGGCUCCCCACCAAAAUUUACAAACCGUUUUUUUUUUUUCUGUUAAUUAAUUUAAGAUAUCACUUACUUCUCAAAAAUUCAAAAUAAUUUUUGAAUGGGCGAACCGCAUUUUAUUUUAGCUCUGAUAUGGCAAACAUGGCCAAAUGCACUAUCCUGCGAUCAAGCUCUCCUGGGCAAUCUGGCCCCACUCUUCCCUCCCGGCCACACCAGCGAGUUGCGUGAGAGCUUGUUCGCAGGCCAAAAUGCUUGAGACGAACUGAGUGAACAUGUGUUGGUUGUGUGAUUUAAAGAGCCUGGUCGUUGCAUGCAUUCAGAAUUAGCUCCCUAUACUGGAGUGCUGAUUGUUACAGUAAACCUUGAAGCUGAGUAAUUACUGAGCUUAGAGGCAAACCAACUAAUAUUUUGAAAUGUCAGCCGUUAAUGAGGGGGGCUGACGCUUCAGACUAACCAACACUGGAAAGUUCAUCAUUAUAGUAAUUUUAUUCCGAGUGUGGUCUGUAUCUGUAAUCCGUAUCUUAUUUUUGGCACAUUGCUUUAACGUAUCAUUUUGUUCAAUUUGUACAGUUUAAUGCGCCAGUUAGGAAAUUUAAAAAAAUCGUUACAUACAAUGUAAAAAACCAUUAUUGCCAGUUAGGUUAUGCUUAUACAAAUGUAUUAUCAUUUUUCUAUGGUAGUAAAGCAGUUAUGGGAUUUCCAUAGAAAAUACAAGUAGAGUGUCCAGUUGUUGUGUUUUUGGGGCAUAUCCUGGCCAUUCUUGAAACAGACUAACUUUUUGCACAAACUGUCAUUAUCUGUAUACGUAAGGGCUAGGCAAUGGCCGAAUUGAUGCUAGAGAACGAUUAUCCGCCUUUGUUUCAGACGUUUUCUAUCCAAAGGCUAGCUAGUAAAAUUUAGCCUUCGUUUCAGACUACUCUAACCAAAGGUUUGGUUUCGUCGGUGGCGCACGCUAACUAGCAAAAUUUAGCCUUCGUCGCAAACUACUCUAGCCAGAGGUUUAAUUUCGUCGGUGGCACUAGCUUGCGAACAGCAGACGUAUUUUUUCGGAGGGAGAGAAGCGACGACCGGAAAUAUGUCUGCUGUUCGCAGGCUAUCUAGCAAAAUUUAGCCGUCGUAGCAAACUAAUCUAGCCAGCGGUCUAGUAUCGUCGAUGGCGCAGGCUAGCAAAAUUUAGCCUAUUCGGUGUGGCAAGCGUUCGAGAGGGAAGGAGAAGGGAAUUUGGGCGCGAGAUACAGGGUACCCCAACGCGCGCCUUUCGCGCUUCUCUCGCGCCGGAAUCCCCUUCCCUUUCAAACGCCUGCUACGCUGGCUUAAUUUAGUCUUCGUCGAAGACAGUCUCUCUGAUCAGCGCGAUUUGCGGUCAGAUGAUUAGAGCUCAAAUCGCGCAGAAACUUCGUAGAAAGAAAGACAACGACAUCAUGGCCGGGUUGUUCAAAGCUGGGUUAAGAUAACCCAGGGUUAGUUCGAAAUCUGAAUUCAGAUUUGAAAGCUUAAAAAGCAAAUUCAGUUUCAUUCUUUUUGUCCACAAUAUGAUGAUUAGAUGAUCUUAAAAGGAUGAAGAAAAUUAUCCCAGAAAAUGGAUUCGAAUAAAAGAAAAAGAAACUUCGGUUAAAAAUUUAACCUCAGAUUCGCGCUUAUCGGCCUUCGAACAACUUCAGGUAACAAUAUUUAGUAAAAUUCAGCUAUUCUAGUGGUCUAUUUGUCAAUGCUGCGUUCUGAUUGGUUGAGCCACUACUAGGCUAUAUGUUAUAGCCCACUAGUAGCGCAAAGCUUUGGCUUUUUGGCGGUAAAAAACGAUUUAAGUCUAGCUUUAACUAGCGUAAGUUGUUUUGUCUCGACAUUUUUGACCAACUAGUUGGAUUUUACUAAAACAAUUAUUCCUCUCGCCCUCAUGCCCUCUGAGUCAAUAACUACUCAUGGGCUAUUGACUCAGAGCCCAUUCGGGCUCGAGGAAUAAUUGUUAAUUAUACUUUAUCGAUAACCUUUACCCGUUUUGGUUCAUCUAUUUGAAGUAAGUUUUGUUUGCCAUACAAACUCUUUUUUUCCCAUACAAACUCUCAUUUUACGCUUGGGCUACUUGCGAUAGGACGUGCUGUCGAAGAAUACUGGAUGAAUAUACCUCUUAGACGGGUUAUCGUCUCAGUCGGAUAAUUCGUCUCUAUGGCAUAAAUUCGUCCAAUGAACGCGAGUGUUCCAUGGGAUGUAGUGUCACGAGCAUAAAUAUAAAGCUCGUAGGUAGUAGCAAUCGUGGUCUUAAAUCUACGCUCAGUCGUUUUCACGAUCUGAUUUCGAAUACAGGAUAUUUUCAUUUUGUUCACACACACAGUGUUAAAGACCCUGAUGAGCAAUGCUCAAGACAUCUCUCUUGUGUUUCUUUGUGUUUGUUUUCAUCUUCGCAACAAAUAAUCGUAGAUGUCAUUCUACAAGGACAGCUGCGCGGAUACAUGCCAAGCAUGGCUCUCCUGGUAAAGGCGCUGUAAGGAGGUAAUGGAGAGUUUCUCUUCCUUUUAAACUUCUGUGACUAAGGCCCUGUUCAUACGUCGCGUUAUCGUCGAAUUUAAUUCAGACGAAUUUAAUUCAAAGCCUCCCAUGCAAUAAAAUUCGACGAUUCUGUGACGUAUAAAAUGAAUUAAAUUCGUCUGAAGAAUUAAAUUCGUCCAACAACGCUUUAGUAAACCUCGGGCCACUGAUCAAAAACACCGAAAUCUCCACAUGAGCCGGUAGGAUUAAAAUUGUCGUCUAAAUCGGACAGCACUUUACGAAGGUUAAUCGACGAAUUUUCUGUGAAUUAAAUUUUUUAAUUCAGUUUUUAAUUUUUUUUAAAUAAACACUAAUGAGUAGCUCAAAGCAAAGCGAGGAUCUUGUUAACUUGAUUUAUUUCUCGGACCGGUUUCGUCUCAUCAAACAGACUUCAUCAGGGGAGUAUAACAAAAUAGAGCUAAGGAACUAACUUUACACCUAAUGAUUAAGACAAAGUCACGUUUUUGUAAGGGUGUGAACAGCAUAAAACACCCACAAAAUAUGCGUGCACCCCCUAAAUUGACCUAAACAGGUAUGUGCCGCGAAACAGGGUAUUCUUUGCGGGAUAUUGAGUCUUAAAAAGGGAAUACAAUUUCGUUAUUCAGUGUCUUGAACAGGGUAACUUUCUGGACCGGAUGCAUUGAACAGGGUAGCCUUUCUUUUCCUAGCAGGUACCAGAAAAUCGCUCUAUGGUCUUGACUCAAAUUCGUUUUAACAUGUAAAGGUCAUCUAAAAAUCAGUAUAGUGACAAAUAUAAGGAGCCCAUAACCUGGAGUUAGCAACUUCCAUGUACCUUUGCCACGGUACGGUGUUUUCAACGACUAGUUUUCCUUUUAGAACGAUUUUGCCGUCAAAUUUAGAGUACCAUCAAAGUGUUACUGUGAAACACAAAACCGUGAACACCAGAAAUAUUUAUGGAAUGUUAUUGUGUUGUGAGGAAUUAGCCAAUGAGGCGCGAGAAAACUAAACCGCAAAAGGAGCGGUAAUUAGUUUGUGGUUUUGAGGUUUGCUUGCGUAUCCUGAAGUUUAUUGUGAUUGGCCAGUGCACAAUCAACAUUCCUGAAAUUUUUCAGGUGCUCACGGUUUUCUGAGUUUGACAGUAAUGUUAUUUAGUUUCCCCUAUUCACAUUUUAUACUUCGAGUGCGCUCAUAGACGAGCGGAGCUUUAGUGUUCGCAGGAAAAAGUUCUCUAAAAUGUAGCUAAUAAUAAACCGGUCUGCGUCAUAUGCUUUGUAUGGGAGUUGCUUGCUCUGGCUUAUGGUCUUUUUUGGCUCGACACCUGUGACAGUUCUAGACGUUCUUAACAUCCGUUGUGUUGGAUCAUCGGGUAGCUCAAAAGGUCGACUUAUCAGCCUGCAUAGCAUGCGUCGAAAGGGGUAGGGGAUUGGGGGGAAGGGAAAAAGGAAGGGAGAUUGUAUUCUCCCUCUUCCCCUCUCCCUUUUUGCAUCUGCCACGCAAGCUAUCGACUUGUAGGCAAGACUAGUCAAUGACAGCUGUAAUGGUGGUCUUUUUGCAUGCUGCUAAGGGCAUUCCUUGUUCAUUGCCAAUUUAGCAGCAUGUGUUGCAGAGAAGUUUUCGACACUGACCAGAUAGCAGCCGCUCUGCAAACCUCAUAGUGCCAGGACUGAACUGUUCCGGACAAAUCAUUUCUUUGUGUUCGAGGCGUUUCAGUUGACAAGGUUUCCGAUCAGCCUAGUCCUUACGCGUUCUCGGCUCGGUCAAACCUGGACCUCUACCGUGACCUGUGACGUCACUGAGAGAGAAUCGUCCACCCUUUCCCAGACUUCGCGAGGAUAACGGGGCAACAGAGAACGCAUAAGGACUAGGCUGGUUUCCAGGUAGUUGAAGCCAAAUUUAACUGACCAUAAAAUAAUGUAUAGAUUUAGCCAGGGCUAAAAGCGAAGCUCUCGAUAAUAUUUAUAGUUUGUUCAAACAAAAUAUAAAAUCAUGUUAUGCUCGCCCUGGGGACGAGGUUGCUUUGCCGUUGCUUUGAACGACCACAACGUGAAACUUCCAAAAACUUCCUAGUUACACGUUUUACGGAGGAAAUGUCGUACUUGUUGUUGUUCACUUUUUCUCACUCGCUCAUUUUCACCUUGAUGGCCGCUGGGAUUUCUCAUUUUCUCACCGCCGCUAAAAAAAUUUCAUGUUGUUCUUCCAACAAAUAGCUCUUUAUCUUCCGCUCUAGCUCUCUGACGCUCUUUUUCUCUUUGAGCUUCACUGGCCUGUCGCCCACUUUAUUAUUUCUCUAUAUUCCAAAUUUGUGGACAUCACAAUUAAUCUAAGUUAAUACUUUAGACAACAAGGAUACAGAAACAAUUUCCGCUUUCCGUUUACGUCUUUAUUGACUCUUAAGUUGUCUCUGCUACUCAAGACGCAGGUGGCUAUGCGAUUUCCCGCCAAAAUAACCUCGAGUUGCAUUUGGGUUGCCAUGCCUGUUGGUUGAGUUAUUUCAUAUUGGUAUGCCUGUGGUGCGGAAGGACGGCCGGUCGGGCGUACGGUCAAGUGAUGACCAAAAUUUCUAAGGUAGAUUACCAAAUUUUCUUACCCAUGGUGCUCCGCCUCGCGCGCGUGGAGCUCCACUACAACAAGAAAUUCCGCGGCAAUCGUUCGGACUCUCAACCUUCUUGUAUCAUUGUAGUUUUCUGCAAUCGCGUGGGGCAUGGAGAACAAAAUAAAUUUUACAAAUCUGGUGAUCUGUUCUGUCUGUUAUUCACGUUACUGGCUGCUAUAUUGUCAAGCUGUCGAUUUACAAAUGAACCAAACCGUGGAAUAUCAAGGGGCGUUUCCAGAAUCUUGGCGUUUGCCGGCAAGUGUUUCCUCUUUUCUCGUACCCCUCCCCCUUCGAUGCUUCAUUUCUUUUGCUCAUCAUAUCUAUAUUGUUAUUUUAGUCCUUCAACAAAUCAGUGUGAACAGACUACUACGGUUCCCUUCAAUGGUCAGCGGUCUCCUGGAGUUCAAAGUCUCUUCACAAAGGUUCGAGGCGGACGUCUCAUAUCUAUGGUUGUUAUUGGGGCUUCCAACACAGCUGGAAGAAAUUGGAAGAAAAAUAAAGAGUUGUAUUCGAUUCGAUUCACUGACUGGUGGAAUAAACACGUAUAUAAGUCAACUGGUUCUAGAUUAACGCUGAACAUCAUGGGUAUCGGUGGAAGUUCAAGUGAUCUUUUCCUCUUUUGUUUGCAAAACUAUUUACCGAAACAACAACCAGACAUUGUUUUGAUUGAGUUUGCUAUAAAUGACUUUGGUAAAUACGGCAAGGCAGCUCAACCAAUGGAGCUCCUUACUCGUAGACUUCUUUUAAUGGCAUCCAGGCCUUUGGUUAUGUAUGUUAACUUGGUAAAUCCACGUAUUAUAAAAGGAAAGGUUACGAAUACUAAUUGUCAAAAUAUGGAAGAUCUUGGUCUCGAUGACUUAGCAAAGUACUAUGGAAUGCCAUCUGUCAGUAUGAAAGAUUUUGUCUGUCCGCUGACCAGCUCAGGUAGACGAAAAUUCAAAGCUAAAAUGGACCUCUUUGCACCCGACGGGAUGCACGCAGGGCGCAAGUCACACAAGAAAAUAGCAUCUAUGAUCAUUGAAUAUUUUAGAACUAUUUUGGCAUCAAAAGACUGCGAUAGAUCUUUAAAAGGAAAAAGCAAUAAAAAAGCCUCGCUUUCUUUGUUAAAGCCGUUAUACAGCGACCCGUCAAUAAGUGAUAUUCAACUAGCCAAAGCCAUGUGUUGGACUCACUUAACUCCAAACUGGAAAAUUCCUUUAAAACAAUCCCUGAAGGCACGUGUGAUCGAAUCACGUGGGUUUGCCUAUGUUUCGCCCUUAAUGUCAUUAAAAAAUGGAACUGUUGAUCUCUCUGAAAGGCACAUGGACGGUUACGGUGGCUGGACUUGCCAGCCUGGAAAAGGAACAAAACACCUCACAGUUCGAUUCAACGUUCCGAAUACGAAUCCACUAGUGCUUCCAUCCAUUUCCGUUGUAUUACGUUUGAAUUAUACAGCCACAAUGGUCAAAAUGUCGCUAAAUGAUGAGCAAAGAUCAUGUAUUCUUGUGAAAACCGAAACUCAGCGGAGAAAGUGGGUAAACACUCGUAUAUAUCCUUUAACAAGUCAGAUAACUCCAGGAAAGUAUGCUAUUCGCAUUGAAUGUACAGCAAGGUGGAUGUUAGUAUGUGGAAUUGUGAUUGGAUAUCAUGGUUACCAUGGUUACGAAGGAUAUAAACCAAUUGAUGAAACUGUAAUUAACUGUAGUAAGGAGGGUGGGGUUUAG